UCGGCGCUGUAGAAGUUAGCCAGAUACAUAUUACCCGCGCAUGCGCACAAAAGCAACAUCCAGCUCUAAAUAAGAGUUACGAGAGAAACGAGGCAAAGAUGGGAGACAGAUCUACCGGAAAUGGCCCUGCCACAGGUGCAGAUUUUGACAUGAUGAGUGCUCUUGACUGGAAGGAUGGCAUAGCCACACUGCCUGGGAGUGACAUUCGGUUUCGGAUGACUGAAUUUGGCACCCUGGAGAUUGUCACAGAGGUGGGGCCUAAAGAAAAAGAGGAGGAGCCUACAGAUUCACAGCCUCAAAAUAAAGCCAUCAACAAUAGUCAUUCCCCUGAACAAAACAAACCUUCAGAUCAGACUGCAAUGCCUCAAUCAACUACAGAUCAACAGACAAAUACUGCAGUUUCCACUUACCCCCGCAGGCAGGAAGAAGCCAAUAACAUUAGAAGCCCCAGCACGAAGGAUAGCCCCAGCGUGAGCACAGUGCCUAAUGCAGUGAUUGCUCCCAGCACUGAGGUGGCAAACUGCAGGUCCUGUGGUCACUCUGGUUCACGGGAGUCUUUUCUGCAGGGGAAAUUUUGCAGCGCUCCUUGUGUACAGCCUACCAGUGGCAGGUCAACCCCAGCUGAGGCAGUCGAAGGAGAGCGCUUAGGUAAACGUGUGAGGAAGAAGAAAAAGAUGUUUAUGGAUUCUGGGGAUGAAGAGGAGGACAACAUAGAAGAGGAAGAGGAGAAGAUAAAAUCUUCAAAGGGCAGAAGAGCAGCUAAAAUAGCUAGACUAGUGACAGCACCUGCUGUUAAGAAGAAAACGUGGAGUUGGUCAGCUUAUUUGGAGGAGGAGAGAGCAAUUGCUGCUCCCUUAAAACUUUUCAAAGAGCACCAGUCCUUUCCUCAGAGCAGGAAUGGAUUUAAAGUUGGCAUGAAGCUAGAGGGAUUGGACCCUUGUCACCCUUCUCUGUUCUGUGUAUUGACUGUUGCAGAGGUGCAAGGUUAUAGGAAUCGGCUUCACUUUGACGGUUACCCUGAGUGCUAUGAUUUCUGGGUAAAUGCUGACUCAUGGGAUGUGAAGCCGCCAGGCUGGUGUGAGAAAACUGGUCUCAAGCUAUUGCUGCCAAAAGGCUGCAGAGAUGGCGAAUUUAACUGGAACACAUAUGUAAAGAACUGUAGGGGUCAACUGACCCCCAAACAUCUCUUUAAAAGUCUUAAUACAUCAGUCACACCAUCAGGAUUCCGUGCUGGGAUGAAACUAGAAGCAGUAGACAGGAAGAACCCAUCACUUAUCCGCGUUGCAACCAUUGCUGCUGCUGUCGACAACCGGCUCCUCAUCCACUUUGACAACUGGGAUGAUACGUAUGAUUACUGGUGUGAAUCCAGCAGUCCAUACAUUCACCCUGUAGGGUACUGUGAGGAGGUAGAGUUAACGCUGACCACACCUGCAGAGUAUAAGCACCCAAAUGUUUUCUCUUGGGAAAAAUACCUUGAAAAAACUGGAACCCAGGCUGCACCAGCCAGAGCCUUUAAACAGAGACCACCACAUGGUUUCCAGACCUGGAUGAAGUUGGAGGCAGUAGACAAACGGAAUGCCAUGCUCAUCCGUGUAGCCACCAUCUCUGACACAGAGGAUCACAGAAUCAAGAUCCAUUUUGAUGGAUGGAGUGAUGAGUAUGAUUAUUGGCUAGAUGCUGAUAGUCCAGAGCUGCACCCAGUGGGCUGGUGUCAGAAGACAGGUCAUCCUUUACAGUAUCCCAAUGGACCCAGAGAUUCUCCAGUCCCACCAGGACAAGGCUGCCCUACCCCAGGAUGCAAUGGUGUCGGACACAUUAGAGGACCUCGAUAUGGGACACAUUACACGGCGGUGAGUUGUCCAUACUCUGAUCUGAAUUUGAAUAAGGACGGGCUGGUGCCAGACAGACUGAUCGGGGAGAGACCCAUCACGCUUAGUGGACCCCCACGCCACCGCCGUGCUGAAACCCUCACUCAGAUACACCCUACCACACCAAGCGCCAGCACCCCAGAAACCCCUGACACCACCGCAGACACCUCUCUGCAAGUUCGCUCUGGCACUUCCCCCAAAUGUGCUAAACCACCUCAGGUGAAGCAGGAAGGUGACGGGAAAGAUUCUCUGCAGCAGCUCCUGCAUGAAUCUGUGUUCUGUGGAUGGGAGCCACCAAAGUUUCAACUAUGCUGGGAAAAGCAUGGCAAACUGCUUCCUGAAGCCUUAGGUAUUACCGCCAAGAGAGUAGCCAAGUGGAACACAGAGGAGGUUGCAAGUUUUGUGAGAGGGUUGCCUGGCUGCAGGGAGCAUGCUGCCACCUUCAGGAAGGAGCAAAUUGAUGGAGAGGCCUUCCUGCUCCUUACGCAGUCUGACAUCGUUAAGAUACUGAGCAUAAAGCUUGGCCCAGCUCUCAAAAUCUACAAUUGUAUCCUCAUGCUGAAGAGUGCGGAUGAGGAAUAGACUUGCUUUCUAUCAAACUGGACACAUGCAAAUACCUAACAGCAACCUGCUGCUCAUUCAAACAAUGUGUUUGAAGAUUAUUCAUGCCCCCAACAAUGAAUCCAGACCUCAUAUUACUCAAAGAGCAGAUAAACAUGACUCCAGUCAUUGGUAUCAUAGUUUGAUUUAUGGAGAAAUUAGCCAGUUGUACAGACAAUAAGAGAUCAUAAAAAUGACAGCUCUUAAGACUGAUUCAGAGCUUUUGUCUUAUGCUAACUAUAUUAAAUCCUUAUGGAUUUACAAAACAUUUCCACUUCAAUACUCAUUAACACGUCCCCUGUUUUUUCUGCUUUUGCUCUUAAUAAGGUCUGCUCGUUUUCUUUGUAAAUAGAUAAUCUGAUUCAUAUUAGAUUCUUGGAGGAGAGAGAUUUCCAUACUGAGGCACCUUAAAUUGCUAAAACUGGAUUCUUCCAUUGUUAAUAUUUAUGAUUUUAUGGUUACUGAAAUUGGUAAUUGAGUUUGGUGUUGGAGGCACGAACAAAAGCUGCAAUAGUAGAGCUUUUACUUGAAAUGUAAAAAGUUAUUUUUAUUUUUAAAUGCAAAAAGACCAUUUGUAAUUGAGAAGACACUGAUACUCAUCUAGAAUAUCCCAAAUUAGCCUGUUUGCGACCACUAGAGGGCAGUGUGUGUGUGUGAUUCAGAAUUUUGCAAGCAUGAGUGUGUGAACAAUAUUGUAUAAAUGUAUGCUUGCAUCUUAUGUCAGGGAAUUUUUGCUUGGGGCAAAUCUGGAAUUGCAUGUCUCAGUUUGUAUUUACUUAAAUGCAAGUUCUUUACAAAUGCAUUUGAAAAAAUUUACUUUAAUGUAUAGCAAAUUGGUCAGUGUGCUAACUUAACAGACAUUGCAAGUCAAAUUGGAAAUAGAUCUGUGAGUAUGUGUAUUUUAAGCCUCCGAAACCCUGACAUUUUGCCUUGUUACAACCAUUCCUAAAAAAAAAGUCACAAGCAUUGUUUUGUUGAGAAUUCAGCCUUGACCAUCACCAAGCUAAUUCUAUUUUACAUCAGCCAUUGCUAUGGGCAUUUCCCUUGAUGUUGCAAAUGACACUGUAAUCCACUGUCCCUGAUUUAACCACAGCAUCUUACUCUGUUUCCGUUCCUUUUUAAUUUACUUGUUUGGAUUUGCAGUGCUUUUCAAUGCUGUCAUAAUCGUGCAUAUGCAGGGUGAUCCAUAUUAAAAGGUUCUGAAAGGGUCAUUGGAUACUUAAAGAUGGUUGUACAAACCUCCCUGCAGUAUUAAAUAAAUACAGAGCAUGGUUUACAGACAGUAAUAGGAGGGCAAGGGCCUAAUAAAAGCACAUUUGCAGGCUACAGCUGACAUGAUCUACUAACUAGACUGAAACAAGCAAGGAUGAAAACGUAAGAUUAUCUUCGGAAAAUCCUAAUCACAGUAGUGUGGUUAAGGACAGGGUUAUGGCCACAGAUAAGGCAAGUUAAUGUCAGGUUGGGAUUGUUUUCUUUGAGCGUGUGUGUUUGUAGAUUAAAUUGUGCUCUCUCUAAAAGCAGACUCUGUGUGUCGGAUUAUGUUUCCUGGUUUUCUUUCUUUUUUUAAUCUAGUCAUAAUCUAAUGAAUGAAUGGUUUGUUUGAGGGAGAAGAAUAAACAAGGAUUUCAAACAGAACUGCUUUCUUUAUUACACACAUUUAAAUGUACUAAUGGAAGUGAAUCUUGUCUCUUAAUAUCCACCAGAAACUGCAAUGGUGAGAUUUUCAGC